UAUUGCCUUGUUUUGGGGAGUUGGUGAGUCACAAUUCACAAGUGUCAACCCAACAAAAGGGGCUGGACGAAGCUUGAACUUGUCUGCAGACGCGAAAAAUGGGAUCGGAGACGAGAACCAGAGCAAGAAGAAGAAGCUGCCAAGCCACAGAUUUCGGUGCAACUGCAGUGGCCAGCUCAGUGGACCUCUUGGUAGAGAUCCUGAUGCGCCUUCCAGCAAAACCCCUCCUCAGAUUCAAAUGCGUAUCCAAACAAUGGUACUCUAUCAUCUCUGAUCCUCAGUUUAUUAUCAAUUAUGCCCAGAGAAGCUUAAAACCUCUUUUGGGUUUGUUGUUGAGUGGUCGUAAAGAACAAUUAGGUCCAUACCCAGAAUUUUCUUUCAUUUCCAUUGGAGGCUAUGGCAAAACUGGGAGAGUCCCAAAAUUUCUUACCAUCCCCAAAUUGGAAAUUCAAGAUUUCUGUAAUGGGUUGAUGUGCUAUUCUAAGCCUCACAUGGAUGCCCCUCAGUUCACUUCUUAUUAUGUUUGUAAUUCUGCAUCUGGGCAAUCCAAAAGAAUCAGAGUUCUUGAAAGUCCAUCCAGCAAGAGAUUGAUGGCUGUGAAUUUGGCUUUUGAUCCUUCAAAGUCACCUUUUUACAAUGUGAUUUUUGUCAGUGAAACAUCUGGGUCAGAAUUGAACCAUCUGAUCAAAAUUGAUAUUUACUCCUCUAAGACUCAGACUUGGAGACCCAGCACAAAGGGGCUGUUCAUUGUGCCUCAUGAUGUGGACUUUGGCAACGGGGUUUACUGGAAUGGCGCAAUUUAUUGGUACCAUCGAGAGAAGAACUCUUUAGCAUAUUUUGAUUUUGAGGCUGACUGCCUGGAUAGGUUGCAAAUGCCAUUAAUUUCUCAGGGAUCGUACCCCAUGAGUUUCGACUAUUUUGGAGAGUCGGGCGGGCAUUUGCAUCUUGUUGGGACCUGCAGACCAGGCACUACUCUGUUCACUGUGUUUGAGAUGGAGAAAGAUAGGUCUGGCUGGUUUGUGAAGUGUAAUGGUGAUUUGGGUGCUUUAGCAACUACUUUCCCAAAGAUGGUUACCCCUAGACUCUCUAGGCGUUAUUUGUUUUCUCCAGUGAGCCUGUUUAGAGGAGAAAAAGAAGAAGAGCUGAGUAUUGUGCUAAUAAUACCUGGGAGUGUGGUCCAAUAUAACGCCAAGGAUAAGACAUCAAAGAAGCUCUGUGAUCUGCCAAAAGGUUUCAUUUUCAAUGACUUUAUGGGGCAAGGCUUUAGGUUUAAAUCGCAUCAGUACAUGGAGACCCUUGCUUCCAUAUGAAAAGUAGUGUUUUUCUGGUAUCUCCUCCCUUCUUCUACCUUACCUUUGCAAGGAUGAUUUUGCUAGCGUUUCUAUUCUAUACAUACGACUGUGUUGUAAGUUGUACAAUCAAAACUUUGGUAAUGAACUUUAAAAGGAGUACCUUGCUUUCUAAA